GAUGAAAUCCCGGCUCUGGAAAAUGGAUGCUACGUUUACAAGCUCCUACGAAAUCCAAUGUGUGCCUCCAUGAAGAAGUUCAUUGCCAUGCUGGCGGCACUUUCGUCCCUUGAGGAGAUGAAUCAGGUACUGGAGAACUUCACCAUCCUUCAGGUAAGCCUCACAUUUUCCCCCUUUGGCUUAAGGUUCCGACAUGCUUGUCGACAAGAGUACUCAGACUAG